ACUUAUUAAAUAGUUUAAGUAUGCGUCCACGUCAGUUUUGAUAGCCUCAGAUACAAUAAUGGUCUGUGGAAAAUGUGAGCUAAAGCUUGCUAAAAUUAUAACCCCCGAUCCCUGGAAGGAUGGUGCUCGUAGCACUACAGGAGGUGGUGGUAGAAAACUGAACGAAAAUAAAGCACUAUCCGGGAAAAAGAUGAGAUACACCCCAUAUGCUACGAAUUUCCACAAGUGCCAAGUAUGCAAGCAAUCUCUACAUCAAGCAGGAGCGCAUUAUUGCCAAUGUUGUGCUUAUAAACUAGGAAUAUGUGCUUUGUGUGGAAAGAAAAUCCUAGACACUUCAAACUAUAAACAAAGUUCAGUCUGAAAAGAAAAAGGAACACUAGUGAAAAAGUCUAGCGGAUGAUGUUGUUCACGUAAGAUGACAGAAAGAUGCUGAGGAGAAAAGGAGAAUUGGGACCUGUUUUGGUGUAGCUGGAACAGAAACUUGAUCCAUAGUUUAGUUGAAUUUGAUUUAUUUUUAGAUGUCUAAUGAUUUGUACCUGCAAGUAAUUCAAUGAUGUUAGCCUCG